AUGACGUUCGACGAACCUUUAGUGGACUGGACAAGUCGUAAACUGCGCAGGGUGAAUAAUUGGGAAGCAACUGGAUCGUACCUUGUCCAUUUUGAAGUCAAUCGGACUCAGCCGCUAGAGAAGCCGUUUUCUCCGAAAAGCUCACGAGUGUAA